CCCCUCACUAUUCAAACCCCACAUCUCCUGCCCCCUCUCUCCCCCUUUACUACAACCUACUAUUCUCUCCUUAGCUACUACUGCACCCUCUCUCUCUCUCUCUCUCUCUCUCUCUCUCUCUCUCUCUCUGUCAGGAGAUAAAGGAGCAUCUGAGCUCUACCAUGACCAUGCUCUCCCCUUCAUGCCCCUCCUCCACCAUGAGGAUCCCUCCUCAUCACUACUCUUCUCCAACAUGCCAGGGGCCACCCACAGGCACGACCUCAGCGGCGCAGUCGACGUCGCGCCAUACGUGAUGAGCUUCGCCGACUACCUGCAUGGCGCGGUCGACUACGCCGCGCUGGCGCGGGGAUUCGACGCCUUGCCCGAUCACGGCAUGCUGAUUGGGGGUUGCAUCGAUAACAGCAAUAGUGGUGCUGAGAAGUUGACCGCGCCGGACGCCGCCGGUGGCGGCGGUGCGACGCCAAUGACAGCGAACUCGUCGGUGUCGUCUUCGUCGAGCGAGGCGGCGGUCGGAGACGAGGAGUCCGAUUUGUGCAGGAAAGAGAAGGUGAAGGAGGAGGAAGAGGAGGAGGAGGAAGAGGAGAAGGAGAAGAUCAAAGAAGGUGAAGAGGGGAGUGAGAAAUCUAAGAAAGUCAGUACUAAUCCAAAGAAAAAAGGAGAGAAAAGGCACAGGGAACCUCGCUUCGCUUUCAUGACCAAAAGUGAAGUUGACCACCUUGAGGAUGGAUACAGAUGGAGAAAAUAUGGCCAAAAAGCUGUGAAGAAUAGCCCCUAUCCAAGGAGCUAUUACCGGUGCACGACGCAGAAAUGCGGGGUGAAGAAGCGGGUGGAGCGGUCGCACCAAGACCCGUCGAUCGUGAUCACGACCUACGAAGGCCAGCACAACCACCAGAGCCCCGCGACCUUCCGCGGGGGCAUGCACCACUUUGUGGCACCGCAUGCCGCGCCGUCGUGCUUCAUGAGCCAGGAUUUUCUGGUGCAACAAGUGGCAAACUCUAUGAUCAACAACAAUGGACACCAAAUGGGCAUAAACCCUAGUUUGUAUCUUCCAAGCUUACAACCUACUCUUCAGCAGCACCAAUUCCCUGACUAUGGCCUAUUGGAGGAUAUUGUGCCCUCCUUCAUCCAUAGUAAUCAACCAUGAUACAUAUAAAUAUAUCUAUAUAUAUAUAUAUAUAGUAACUCUUACUUCUUUUUCUUUUUUUCCCUUUCUAUCUCUUUUUAAUGUUUACUAUAGAUCAUAUCCUACUACGAACAAAUAAUAUAGAUAUAUAGUAUUCUUGUACAUGUACCUAAUUCAUAGCAUGUGGACUUAACUAGCGUGCUAUAUAUAUAUAUAUAUAGAGAUGGAGUAUUGGACGUGUAAGUUCAACUCAUUUAAGAGAAGGAUAUUAUGUCUCCUUGAGUUUUGGGAAAAAUGUAUGCCUUUUGAUCA